AUGAACACCCUGUCGCUGCCACCCAAGCUCACCCACCUCUUUACUCUCCGCUGUGCGGUGGACCCGCCAAUGGAGGUCGGCAAUGGUCCCUAUGGAAGACGGCGUUGUGUUCCGAUUAAGUCUGGAUCAGUACAGGGAAAGUACAUCAACGGCGACGUUGUGCCCACAGGAGGCGCAGAUUUCAUGUUGGUUGAGGAGGACCAGACGACACAUGUCAAUACAAACUACAUAAUCAAAAGUGUGGACGGGGCAUUCCUUUACAUUCGGACCGAGGGCACCAGAGCAGGUCCCCCGGAGGUGCUUCGGGCGCUGAUGGAAGGUGGACCGGUAGACCCCAGCCAGUAUUGGUUUCACCUGCAUGUGAAGAUUGAGACUGGCCACGAGAAGUACAAGUGGAUGAACAAUCGUGUCAUUGUGGGACGCGCGACAAGGGCCAAGGGCGAAGUAGCCUAUGAUGCAUACUUUUUGGAAAACCCCACCGAGGCAGAAGAAGGGAAGAAUAACAAGAGUUUGCUCUAA